AUGGGUUACCAAAAUCAAAUCAUGAUAGCCACAUGUUUAAAAAGAGUGCUUUAUCUCCUUGUCUUGAUCAUAUCUCAAGUCAAGGGUCAAGGCACUGACCCACAAGUUAAUGUUACAUUCAUCACUGAUGCCAUAGCAAAGGGGGCAGUUUGCUUGGAUGGAAGCCCCGGGGCAUACUACUUUGCUCAGGGAUUCGAAGAUGGAGUCGACAACUGGAUCGUUUAUCUCCCGGGUGGAGCAUGGUGCAAUUCAAAGGAUGAUUGCCUCCGCAGAAGCAAAAGUGGAGGAGCUGAUGGUUUAGGGUCUUCCAAAAAUGCACCUCCUAAAACUUUGUUUCCCAUCCAAAGUCCAAACAAAAGUAUUAAUCCAGAUUUCUACAACUGGAAUAAGGUUUACAUCCGGUACUGUGACGGUGCAUCGUUUAUGGCAGAUGUCGAAGCCUUCGAUCCGGAAACACAACUCUACUUGAGAGGCCGCAGAAUAUUCAUUUCUGUAUUGGAAGAGCUCAUGGCUACUAAAGGAAUGGCAAAUGCUGCUAAUGCUUUACUCGUCGGAGACUCGGCCGGCGGGCUGGCAACGAUCCUAAAUUGUGAUCAUUUCAGUUCUCUUCUCCCUAUGGCUCGUCGAGUAAAAUGCAUUUCAGAUUCCGGCUUCUUCAUACAGGCGAAAGAUCUCCCUGAAGAUAAUGCCAGAAGAUAUUUUGCCAGCAUAGCAGCCUUUCAUGAACUAGCCGAAUUUUUGCCAGAGUCAUGCACACAGAGAAUGGAUCCAGGUUUGUGCCUUUUUCCAGAAAAUGUGGUCGAUGAUAUCCAGACGCCGCUGUUCCUGUUAAAUUCUGAUUUUGACAGAUAUCAAGCCGAUCGGCCUCUUCUCCUCCGGCUAAAUCUGGCCGGCUGCGCCUCCUCCGGCCGUUCAGCCAUCACUUGCUUCGGCCGGCGUCAUCUGUCGACGCGUCUCAGCCCCGGCGCCGUCCUCUUUCCUCCCCCAACAUCGAGCCCUGAUUCUCAAGGAAUCAGCGCUGCUGCUGCUGCUACCCUUUCGAAAUUGGGCGACCGGUCGCCGUCUGGGAGCGGCGUUGCUCCGGCCUGGAGCCCGUCGACUGGAGUUGCUGCUGCUCGUCCGGUGGUCAACGCCGAUUGCUGCUGUUUCGCCGGAGUCGCCGUCUGA